UCGUCACGAUUCACGAUUACGCGUUUUAGCUUUUAGCAUUUACGCGAUUAAUCACUGUCCGGCGUACACGGUACACGUUUAAACUGUGCAUUCGACAUCAAUUUCGUUAAUAAUCAUAGUUUUCUCUUCAACGAAUACUUUCCAACAGUCUUAAAAAUGUGGGGUGACGAUGAAGGUGGAUUCAAUGUCACAAUGACACAAAGUCCAACAACAGCAUCUGGAGUAGAACCAAAACAAAAUACUGUAAUUUCAGUAGCUAUUCGUGAAUUAUUAGAUAGUAAUGAGGAAAAUAAAAAUACACAUGUUGUAGUUGUUGGAAUUAUCAAGCAGGUUGAAACACAGACAUUAAAAAAUAUGUUUACAAUUGAAGACAAUACUGGUCGCUUGUUAUGUAUUCAAUGGGGAGAUGAGAACGAACUGUCAAGAUAUCCUAAAUUGAUUGAAAACGCAUAUUUUAAAGUAGUUGGUAGUAAAAGAAUUCAAAAUGACAAAGUCACAUUGCUUUGUCAUAGUGUAAGACCUUUAGAAAGUCUAAAUGAAUUAACACAUCAUUUAUUAAGUAUUAUUGCGUUACCGUAUCAAACCGAGGAAAUCAAUAUGGCAAUUGGAACACAGCAGUCAACUGCAACAAACCAAAAGGACUUUUUAAUCAGUGGUGAUAAUACUAAUGGGUAUAUGGAUACCACUAACAAUUUAUCGCUGAACCCUAAGCAAUUAAAAGUUUAUACAGUGAUUAAGAGGUGCCAAGACGAGGCAGGUUAUUCGGCAUCAGAUAUUCAAAAAAUACUUCCAGAUAAAAUGUCAUUGCCAGAAAUAGAAAAGAUUCUUUCAUUUUUUAUUGAAGAAGGACAUAUUUUCUCAACCAUUGAUGAGAAUCAUUACAAAGUCACUGAUUUUGGAAGUUAAUUGUUCAAUUUUUAGUACUUAUUAACAUUAUUUAAGAAAUUGUAAACACUAUGAAAUAAGUUAUUAUU